AUGGACGCGCCAAAACUUUUGCCCUGUUUGGGAAAACAAGGCACUAAGGCGUCCUUGGUAACUAGGUUGUGGGAGUUUUUGGCGAUACCAUGGUUGACUAUGGACUCCAAGGUUCCACUUGAAGGAGGUAUGUCACAUGUUGGUAGGUUCCCAGGGGUGUGUUGGUGCAGCGAAGGUUGUCCCUUUUUGCAUGCGACUUCAGAUUGGUUACAUUGGGACUUGAUGGAGCAUGAAAUUGGAGGUGGAAAGAAGAGGGAGCUUCGUGGGUGUGGGAAUGGUGUCGUCGUCCACAUCGCAGCUUGGGACACGUUGGCUCAUUUCAGAGACUGA